AUGUUACCCCUUCCUGGAGCUCCAUCAUCCUCAUGGUCCCGAUUCCGAGAACGGUUCGGGGCCUUAUUCCAUGGUGCUGAUCCUAGGGUCUGCGUUGCAUUCUGGCUACUCGGCUUGAUCAAUAAUGUCCUCUAUGUUAUCAUCCUUUCCGCAGCCCUCGAUCUGGUUGGGCCCAGCGUCCCCAAGGGCGUGGUUCUUCUCGCAGACGUCAUUCCCUCCUUUGCAACCAAGCUGGUGGCUCCCUAUUUCAUCUACCUGGUCCCAUACCCUGUGCGGGUGAUGUUUUUCGUCUUGUGCUCUGCGAUGGGCAUGCUUCUAAUUGCGCUGAGCCCAGCGUAUACCGAAGGGGGUACCAUAUCCACCAAGAUCGCGGGCAUUGUUCUGGCGAGCUUGUCGAGCGGAGGAGGCGAACUGAGCUUCCUUGCCCUGACGCACUUCUAUGGACCAUUUAGCCUGGCAGCCUGGGGCAGUGGCACGGGGGCCGCCGGACUGGUCGGUGCUGGGGCGUAUGCCCUGGCCACGACCUCCAUGGGAUUCAGUGUGAAGGCCACGCUACUGGCAUCGGCGUGCUUGCCGGCGAUCAUGGUGGUGAGCUUCUUCGCAAUCCUGCCCAGAGUGCCCAUGCGUUCAGCGUCAGCCGCCCCGAUCCAGUAUCGUGCGAUGGAUGAGGAUCGAGAAGAUCCACUUGAUGAGAGGGAGGGUCUGCUCGGCUCUUCAAUUACCCCGAGCCGGGAUCAAAAGUGGACCGAUACCAGUGGAGGUCUUGGCUGGGAGGCCUUCCGAGCCAAUCUGCGGCGAGCCCAAGGCCUGUUCUUUCCGUUUAUGCUUCCACUCUUGUUGGUCUAUGUCGCAGAAUAUACGAUCAACCAAGGAGUCUCUCCGACUCUGCUAUUUCCUCUGGACGGAUCGCCGUUUGAGCACUUCCGGGCCUUUUAUCCCGCGUACAAUGCAAUCUACCAGGUGGGGGUCUUCAUCUCGCGAUCCUCGACUCCUUUCUUCCGGAUCCACGAUCUGUAUCUCCCGUCAUUGUUGCAGAUUGUCAAUUUGGCGGUGUUGACGUUGCACGCCUUGUUUGAUUUCAUCCCGAGCGUGUACAUUGUCUUCGCCAUCAUCUUCUGGGAAGGGCUGCUAGGGGGACUGGUCUACGUAAAUACCUUUGCCGAGAUCGGGGACCGGGUGCCCAAGGAAGACCGGGAGUUCUCGCUCGGAGCCACCACGGUCAGCGAUUCAGGCGGCAUUUACCACCUCCUGGGGAGACCGUCUACCAAGUUUCGCAAAAUCCAGGUUCUCGCCGUCUUCCUGUUCUGGUCGUUGUAUCUCUUCAGAGGAAACAAGCAUGGCCCUCCCGGUGUCCGCAGGUUCUCCUCACGCCUCUCGGAAAAGCUAAGCGUCUGGCAAACCACCGUCCUCGUCUUUCUCUGGCUCUACAUCUCCCGCAACUUUGCCAAGAUCGUCGGCCUGGAGUGCCCCGAGCCCCUGGCGAAUCUAUACUCGCGUUCCUUCUUCCGGGCAACAUGGAUCAACACCGCAUUGGACGCCGGAUUCUGGACGGCAAUGGGGGUCAAGCCAAAGUGGCUCCGGGAUAUUGCGUCACUGGUGUUCUCUGGAUACUACCUGAUCGCCGCUGAGCGGGCGGAUGAGAAGGUUCGCAGGGUCCGGGCCACGCUCACGGUAGAGCAUAUGCGCGUCUCAUGGAACAAAAGCACCACCCCGUAUCUCUGGACCCUGGCCAGUCUGGUGCGCCCCCGGCUCACUCGCUACCCUCCUCGGGCUAUUCGUAUCCCCCGGCCAGCGUCGUCGAUUUACGAAGAACCGACUAGUGCAUGGUUGUACUUUGAUGGGCCGCUGGCGGCGCUGCGGGAUCAAACUUGCAUUGUGCUUGAUAUCCCAGGCGGUGGAUUUGUUUCGAUGAGUCCCCGACAUUCCGAAGACCGACUGCUGGCCUGGGCGGCGAAGACCAAGGUGCCGAUCUUGAGUCUGGACUACAAGAAAGCCCCCGAGUACCCGUAUCCGUACGGGUUGAACGAAUGCUAUGACGUCUAUCAUUCCAUCGUCUCCACCCGGGGUCGCUGCUUGGGGCUCAACGGACGGACACGGCCUCGGGUUGUCCUCACCGGCGACAGCGCCGGGGGAAAUCUCGCUGCCGGCGUCACCCUCAUGGUGCUUCAGUCGGGUAGUUCGAACGCCCCUGCAUGGCAGGGUCAAAACAUGCUUCCGCCACCAGACGGGCUAGUCCUCGCCUAUCCCGCGUUGAAUAUGAAGAUCGAAAGCUGGAUGACGGAGGAGCAGAUGGCGUUGAUUCAAGAAAAGAGCACGCGUCGGACCAAUCAAAACGUUUUACGGCGGAAGGACAUGGACUACCAGCGGUUGACGCCGUUCACCUCUCCUGGAACGUCUUUUGGGGAUUUCUUCUCUGAUGCAGACCCGGAAGCAGGUAAUUUGGGCGACAUGGCCACCAAGAAAUUGGUGCAGCAUCAGAAGCUCGACGCCCGUGCGGUGGAGGCGGCCGCGGUCGCUGAACAUCAGCCCAAGCAGAUCCGCACCCGCUUAGCCGUAUCGUCGAUGAUCUCAUACGUCAAUGAUCGCAUUUUGACCCCAGAGAUGAUGAGGGCCAUGAUCAUCUUGUAUAUCGGGCCUCACAAUCGGCCGGACUUCAACACAGACUAUCUCCUCUCCCCCGCGCUGGCUCCGGAGGCACUGCUGGCACGCUUCCCCAAGACCUACUUCAUCACCGGCGAGCGCGACCCUCUAGUGGAUGACACGGUCAUCUUCGCCGGGCGACUCCGACAAGCCAAGCUCCGUCAGUUCCACGAACGACAGGAGCUAGGGCUCGAAAAGUCCAGCCGCGUGUUCAAGGAGAAGGACCACGUCGAGGUCUCUCUCAUCCCGGGGAUCUCUCACGGAUUUAUGCAGAUGGCGGGCCUCUUCCCCGAGAGCUGGAAACACAUCAACCGAUGCGCGACCUGGCUGCAGGAGCUGUUCGAGAUCUCCCACGCCAAGGGGUCAUCUUCCAGUUUGCUCAGGCCCCUCGCCGACAGUGCUUUGCCGAAGGGUCCCAAAUCCCAGGGCGGGAGCGCCCACCAUCGGCGUCGCCUCACGGGCGAGUCCUCCGCGGACGAGGACCGGCCUCUUGAAAUGGGCAUCAGCCGAUUGACACCACUGACUCCGUUGGCUCGAAGCGCGAGUGCGCCGGUUGAUGAUGAAGCGAAUGGAUAUGACCACGAAGGAUUGGAUGUCAAGAAGGAACGCAUCCGCAGCGUUUCCCGAGGUCGAACACUGCGCCCGGGGAUCACGCGAAAGCACCCGGUGCCGUCGAAGCUGAGCAUCCCGUAUCCAGACGGGUAUUCCUCCGAGGCCAACAGUCCUGUUGCUUUGCGCGAGCGGAAUCGGAGUUUAACCAGUCUUGCCAGCGAGGAGGAUAUAUUGGAUCGGCGGAUGACUGGAUUGGCGGGGGGGUUGAUGGGGAUUGGGGAGGGGGCGCGGACACCAUAG